CGUAACGUCUGACCGCUGUCAUCCUGUUGCCAAGAUGGCGGCCUCCAGGAGCUAUGCUCUGUGGCUGUCCUGCGGCCGCGGGUGGUCGCGGGCGAGGAGGCGCUACCCGCUCCCUGGGCUUCGUAGCUCCUGGCCCGGGGACCCACUGGGUGUGCGGUUCAUGUCCCAAGAGAAGCAGGCAACGGAAACGCACUUCGGUUUUGAGACUGUAUCGGAGGAGGAGAAGGGAAGCAAAGUCUAUCAGGUGUUUGAAAGUGUGGCCAAGAAAUAUGAUGUGAUGAAUGAUAUGAUGAGUCUUGGUAUCCAUCGUGUCUGGAAGGAUUUGCUGCUGUGGAAGAUGCACCCACUACCUGGGACCCAGCUGCUCGAUGUUGCUGGAGGCACAGGUGACAUUGCAUUCCGGUUCCUUAAUUAUGUUCAGGCCCAGCAUCAGGAAAAGCAGAAGAGACAGCUAAAGACCCAACAAAAUUUAUCAUGGGAAGAAAUUGCCAAAAAGUACCAGAAGGAGGAGGAUUCCUUAGGUGGUUCCCAUGUCAUGAUCUGUGACAUAAACAAGGAAAUGCUAAAGAUUGGAAAACAGAAAGCCUGUGCUCAAGGAUACAAAACUGGACUCUCUUGGGUAUUGGGAGAUGCUGAAGAGCUGCCCUUUGAUGAUGACAAGUUUGAUGUUUACACCAUUGCCUUUGGGAUCCGCAACGUUACACAUAUGGAUCAGGCUCUCCAGGAAGCUCACCGGGUACUGAAACCAGGAGGACGAUUUCUUUGUCUGGAAUUUAGUCGGGUGAACAAUCCCCUUGUCUCCAGGCUUUAUGAUCUAUACAGCUUCCAGGUAAUUCCUGUCCUGGGAGAAGUGAUCGCAGGAGACUGGAAGUCCUACCAGUACCUUGUAGAGAGUAUUCGGCAGUUCCCACCUCAGGAGGAGUUCAAAGAAAUGAUAGAAGACGCAGGUUUUCAGAAGGUGACUUACGAAAGUCUAACGUCAGGCAUCGUGGCUAUUCAUUCUGGUUUCAAACUGUAACUCCAUCCAAUUCUGAAGUCACAUCCUGCGGGAAGCCUAGAACUGAAGGAUAAUCUGGCCGGUGAGACCAGCAGCGAAGUAUCUCCUCUGAGGGUUACGUGGACUCAUGUUUUGAUGCGACCAGUCAAAGUGAAAGAAACAAAUAAAUGCCUGUCACUUUUUUGCAGCUUUCAUGAGGUACUGCUUCAAGCCUUCUCCCAGAGGUUCUCUUUGCUCAACUCCUAAGUUUUUGGGCUGUGCAGUGUGGAAAACCAGCACACUAGAGCUCUAUUUUGAAAUAUUCUGCUGCAUUUCCAUCAAUGCUGCCUUCCACAGGGAUAAUCAAUCAUUUGAACCCAGUGAUGAUUUGAACCAAACUUCAUAGCUGUACCUGAGUCCUUUAACAGCUGACCUUACAGCACAGGACUGAGUCUGAGGCCAAAGCCAAGGCUCAGGUCAGAGCCACUGGUCACAACUAGAAUUAGUCACUGAACUAUUAAGUGAGUCUACAAUUUGCCUGGUAUUUGUCAUUUUUUUUCUUACGGUGAAGGAAUACAUUUUCUCAUCUUGCACUCUGUUCUAUGAAAAACCCUAUUAUGUCGUCAGUGCCAGUCAUGAAGGUAACUUCACAAAUCCUUGUUGAAAGUAAAAUGUACCAGCAAACUCCUUUACUAUCUUACAGAGUUUGUUGGAAUCCAUCCGAAUAGCUUUGUUAACAACAAAAAAAUUUGGAAUAUUUACCUAGCCUAACCCCCAUCCAGCAGUCAGGGGCAGAAGUGGGCGCAGUGCUCCUUCAUACAGGCCAUUGUUUGGUAUUAAAAUACCGUAUUUUGAAAGUGAAAAGGUUUUUAAGGGGUCUUGCUGAGAAAUUACUAUCAACCUGUCAUCUGGCUGGCAGUUGGCUGUAAAUAACUUGGUUCAAAUUUAUUUGAAAAGAUUUCAGAGAUGUUGCUUCUUGACCCUAGUCAUUUCUAUACCCCUACUCACAAACCUUGAUGUCACUGAAAGCUUCCACAUGCAGCUAUCACAAAUAUCUCUAAAAACAGGUAAGAGCAAUUGAACUGCUAAACCUUGGAAAACCUUUUAAAUUUUAUUUUCAGCCAACUAAACGACAUUUGAAAUUAACAAUGAGCUGGUUAAAAGAAACUUCAUAAACCAUUAGCCCAACACUAUCUGAGACUAUGUGGUUUCUCACAUUUGAAAAAAAUGAACAGUACUGGCAUGCCUCAGAGAUAUUACAAGUCUGGUUUUAGACCAAUGUCACAAAUAUGGUGAAACGAGUAACAUGAAGUUUUUAGUUUUCUAGUAUAUAUAGUUUAGUCUAAAUAGUGUAUAUUAUUGUCUGAAAAAAAGGCAUAGAUCUCAAAGUGCUUUAUGAUUUAAAAAUGGAGGUUAAUGUGAGCACAUGCUGUCAAGAAAAUGGCAUUGUUGCCACAAACCUUCCACUUGUAAAAACGCUGUGCAGAAAACACAGCCCAAUAAAAUGAGGUGGGCCUGUAACUGAAAGCUGCUACUUCCUGGCAGCAGGUUAACAGCCUGCUUCAUUUAGAGCCUUGUGUCCAGCUGUUUGUAGACUUUAGGGUCUGUUGCUGGAGACUAUUUAGAAGGAGGGCUAAGUGAACAAGACUGAUAUAUCUUUGAUGGCCAAAUUCCUUUGGGCUUCAAGUAGAAAUACAGCCAGGUCACAAAAAAGGGAAAGAAACAGAAAAAAAGAAAAAACAUUUCAGCUGUUAUAUAAAGGCCGAGUCUCAGCAGUGUCCUGCUCCACAGAUCUCCUCGUCCUUCUUUCCCAGUCCUGAUGUAGCACAACUUUGCUAGGAUUCUAAAAGAAACCUUUCCAAAUAUUUGAGACCUAAUGCUGCCCUUAAAAUAAUCAUACAUCAAUUCAAGUCAGUUGCCUGACUUCCUAGAAAGCCAUUUACCUCACAGACCCAAAGUCUGAGACAGAAAGUAUUACCUCAUGUGAACACUGAAAAUACUGUACGGGACCUAAAGUCAGGGCCUUCCUUGCAGCUCCCCAAGAUGGCCACUGUUCAGCUUUCUGAAAAAUUUUUCUAUGCAGAAGUCAAGUCUGUCUUGUUUUUCUUCAUAGGAAAAACUUGAGUCUUCCUAAAAUUAAUAUCAACAUUUAAUAGUUUUUAGCCACAGGUUUAAUGACAUCUAUUAAUGAAAGCAUCAAUUCACAUUUGUUAAUUGGAUUUGCAACUACAGCCAGUUAAAGCACAGCAGUCUUGAGAGUUUGAAUUCCUGCAGAGACUUUAUUAGAACCACAUGGAAGGCUGCUACUCAGAAACUUUUCCCUUUUAUGACCAACUUCAACCUAUUUGGGGCAGGGCAGAAGGUGGGCAAUAUAGCCUAGAACCCAGAACAGUGUUUCUCAUUAGCUCAAAUUUCAACUUAUUCCCAGUUUAGAGUGACGGAAAAGUUUAAACAAGUAGUUACCCAUUCACCACCACUACCACCUGAGAGCUAAGGCCCAGAAUAUUCUGAGGCAACGUAUUUUACAAAAGCAGCAUUUAGUGAUAGUAUUUACCAGAUUGGGUAGGAAUCCAAAUUUUUGGGUAAGAAUCCAAAAAUUUCUCACCACUCAUUUCUGGACAGGUACUUUUGAAUAUUAUUCACGCACAACAGUUGCAGGUCAGGUGAGAAUUAAAGACUGAAGGGGACUGAAUCUCCUAGCCAAUUAUAACUCACAGAAUCCUUUGACUCACCCCACUAACCUAAUCAAGAGCAAAUGCUGAUCCAUCUUCAACCCUAGAUUUGAACAAACUGUAACUAGCACACACUUCUCCAACAGAUUUAUUAUUUUUUUUAAAGGAAUGGAUUUGAGGAGAAAAAACAUGGGCAGAGAGGUAUGGAAUAGAAAAUAAAUACAAAUGUAAGCUGUUUUGCUAACUGUUUAUAACCACAACAAAUUAGUACAGAGAAUGCCCUGUACAAAACAACACAACAAAGGUC